GAUGUGUCCAAAUGUCUUCCGACCGGAUGCAGCUUGGUGUUCAGUAACCAAACGGAACGACAAGGCGACUUUCCUUUAGAGCAGGGGCGGGGAUCAACGCAACCUAAAGAGAAGCAGGUCUUGCGUUAUCAAUUGGAGGCAGAUUUCUUAUAUCUAAUUACAUAAGGAAUCGUGACUUUAAAGCCGGAGCUAUUGAUAAUUGAUAAGAGCUGAAAAAAGAAGGGUCCGUGUGAUUGACUCAUGUAUUAAAUGAUUAAUAUUGCUAUUACUAUCUGGCCUGUGUAAAUAAACCACGCCUAUCCAAACAGCCACCACAGUACUUUAAUAUCAAGGAACGAUGAAGCCUACCUGGGAGUGUAUCCAACCUGAUCCGCCCCAAAGAUGAGGAGAUGAUGCUAAUUAUUGUCUCUCACAGGAAACCGAAAUAUAGGAUACUAGGUUGCAGUGGGUAAAGCAGUGAGAACCUCUCAAAUGGAAGCUACAGUCCUUCCAGCAUCACCACCAUUCUUCCUUUCCUACCCUCGAGCCCUACUCUUCUUUUUCCGUCUGUCCUGCGUCACUCCCAGUCAACCUCAAGGAAGGUGGCCUGCAAAGCUGCACGAGAGUCAAGACAGGUGGCGUGUGCAGCGCAACUUCCGGGCGAUGCUUUCAGACUGAACUACCUGUGAGUUCAUUCUACCUGUAGAACAAUAACAACCCAGGGUGAAUGAGGGCUUUUGAUUGGCCUCUGCGGUAGCCAAUCCGAAUGCAAGGAGUGAGUCAUAAGGAGGCCCGCUGCACCUAUCUACACUCACCUGAUGCUUUACCUGUCGGAGCCCAGAGCUUAGAAUCUCAUUACCUGUCCAAUCCAAUCUACAACUGAGGCACAUUGUGUCCCGUGAGCUCCAGCAGACACGUUGUUCUUCGCUAGUUAGCUUCCCACAGACAAAGACAGGGAGCCAUGGCUGUGGCCAAUUUCCAGUACAUUACCAGGAUGAGCAGUGGCUUCAAGGUUUACAUUUUAGAAGGUCAGCCCCACCUCAGGAGCGAAGACAGAUUCAGACACAUUGCAAAUGACCGUGCCCGAGUCCCCGUGGUGCUUCCAGUCAAACGCAAGAGAAGCCACGAGAGAGGUCUCACACUGGAGGAACGGCGAGAGCGGGCCCUGAGCAGAAACAGUGGCAAAGCCGCCCAGAGAGGAGUACCGGUGGGGUUCAACCGGCCCCAGAGUUCCCCAUCCGCCUGGAGUCCAGCCCCGAGCCCCACCAGCCCUCCGCCCGCCCACAUGUACUACGCACCAGUCAUGGAUGAACCACUCGCUCUCAUCAAGAAACCAAGAAAAGAGCCCGAAAGCCCGGAGGAAAAGACUAAGAGCUCUGCUCCCGCUCAAAUCCAGAUGCGUCCUUCUGUGAUCACCUGUGUCUCCUCAUCGAGCACCCCCUCCUGCAGAUCCGUGCUCCACAGGACUCCUCCAUCAGUGAUUUCCGGGUGCAACUAUGACCACGUGGUGGACGAGCAUUUCCAGAGGAGCCUCGGCGCGAACUACCAGAAGGACCGCUCACAGGAGCUCUCCAUCAGCGUGUCUGUCGACGACCACUUCGCCAAGGCUUUGGGGGACAAGUGGCUGCAGAUCAAAUCCAAGUCUUCCUCCUGUUCUUCCACACCUCCCAGCAGCCCGAGUGUCACUUACUCCCCCACCUACAGCCACAGCCCCAACCAGUCUCACAGAGGGUCCUCCAGCAGCUCAUCGCGGACCCCCAGCCGCUGGUCCCUCAAUUAAAGGGGGAAACGACCUCCGAUCUGGGACGAAAGUGACUUUUUACUUUUUACCGCGUGCAGCUCUGCUUGUGGAGCGGCGGAAACGCCCCCGUGCUGGUGUUGUUUGGGGCGAGCGAGCAGAUUCAGGUCCAUUUGGACCUGUGUGUUUCCAAAUUUAUAGACACAUUGAUGCAGAUGAAUGUAGCAAUAAUUGGGAUGUCCGUGUUUUGUUACAUUUGUGUAUUUUGCUUGUCGAUAGCGUCUGAGUACCUGAGAUAGUGUUGAUGGUGAUAUGGGAUGAUUUAAAAAUCAGCCAAAUAAUCCUUAACAUUUCUUUGUGACGUUUUUUUUAUCUAAUGAAUGCCACAAUUUCUUUGUAUUAUAUUUAUGUUCAGAAUCCACUUGGGUUACUCGACUUCGCCGAUCCGCUGUACAAAAAGGAGAUUUUUAAAAAUAAAAAUAAAAACUUGAAUAGG